GGCUGUCGCUCCUCCGGGACAGACAAGACACGCUCGCCAGGGUCCUGAAUCGGAUUUACGCGUGGGUGCGUACCGCGCCACAUACAACGACCUGGCGUUGGACACGCCGAAAUCACGGGAUAACGGAGGCCUUUGGCCUAAGCAUUGUCUCCCGGAUCAUUGACUCAGAGGCCAGUCUCCUCACUCAUCUUCUUCAACAUGGCCGGAUGUUCAUCAACGAAAAGGCGACCGACGCAGCCUCCGGGGCCGAGAGCGUGAAGCCUUACAUCACUGUCGUUGUCGGCGACUCGGAGGGUGAUGGUGUCGUCGACGCCCUUCGUAAGCGCGCUAUCCCCGGCACCGCCGACGCCGACGCGGUUGACGAUGACGGAGAGGAGGAGGAUAAAGGCCGCUGCAAUUGCACAUUCUCAACUUCUCUCUCGCCUAUGGCGCCAAAAUACUCCUGAACCAGACCAUGGGGAUGAUGAGCCCUAACCCGAUUCUCCCUAAUGCGCAACGCGGUUGUUGACAGGUGCCGUGGGCUAGAUGGAUGGAUAAGAUGUUUAAGGAGAGCGGGAGCUGGAGGAAUACAACCCGAUACGUUGCCGGGUCUCGGUUGCUUGAUAUUACGGAUGUUCUCGUGCUGGAUUGGGUUGCCCGGGAAAGCUGUUGGUCGAGCAAUGUGUCGGAUUAUGGGUGUUCGGGGGUACUGUACCCAACAGCGUAGUUAACUCGUAGACAAACACUGCUUUUUGUUUUCUCUCGUUAAUGGUGGUUGUCGCUGGUGGUCAAGCAUUGAGAACACUGUCGUCGCAUAAGUGUUUAAAUCAAUCCCGACUUGGAAGUUAUCGUAGGUAUGGAAUCUGUACAUACGAAGCAAGGAGGUACG